AUGUCCGAUCGCGAGUUCAACUCAAACGAUGACUUGUCGCUCCCGAAAGCGACGGUCCAGAAAAUCAUCACAGAAAUCUUGCCCCCUUCAUCCGGGCAGACAUUCUCUAAGGACGCGCGCGAUCUGCUCAUGGAAUGCUGCGUCGAGUUUAUCACAUUGAUCUCCUCUGAGGCCAACGACAUCAGCGAGAAGGAAGCCAAGAAAACCAUCGCAUGUGAGCAUGUCGAGAAGGCCUUGGAGGAGCUCGGGUUUCAAGAUUACAUUCCCGAGGUGCUCGCUGUUGCAGGGGAACACAGAGAGCAGCUGAAGUCUCGCGAGAAGAAGCAAAGCAAGAUGGAGCAAAGUGGGUUGUCCGAGGAAGAACUUCUGCGCCAGCAGCAGGAACUAUUCCGGUCUGCGACAGAGAAGUACAAUGCAGGACCGGAGUAA